ACUACUCAACCUUCGUCGAACCAUUCUGUUGCGUUUUACGAUCGCUUACUUCCUGCUUUUGCACCAAAAAAGCCCCGUAGCGUGUUGGUCAAGAAACGUCUUUAUAUAAUGAUAUUUGGUCAAACAAUCUACACUGGAAACCGAUUCAAUCAAGAAUAUAUCAAGAACGGUCUAAAACGAAAAUUUGUCGAAGAGGGGAAGGCAAAUAAUCAUAAUUUUCGCAAGAAAUUAUCAGCAAACCCUAGGCCACUGCCAGCGAUUCCUCCUUCUCCUCCUCCUGUGUUAGUAGCGAAAAUAAAUGCAAUGGGAGGGUACGAUGUAAGAUUAGUGAUAGAGAAGAUGUUGUACAAAACCGACUUAGACGAUCAAGAAGAUCGAUUAUCAAUUCCCGUGAGGCAAAUACGAGACGCAUGGUUUCUCGACGAGGACGAGCAGAAGAUUAUAUACAAGAAGGGAGACGAGUUGAGUGUAAAAGUAUUGGAACCGAGUGAUAAUCGUUGCGAUAUGAAACUGAAGAAGUGGAGUAAGCCUAAUUCUCUUACGCUGAGGACAAAAUGGAAAGAAGUUUUAGGGAGGAAUAUGGACAUAGUUGAUAAGGAGACAAAUGUGGUUAUAGAAGUGAAGCACUUCAAGAAAGGAGACAUCAUUCAGGUUUGGUCUUUUAGGAAACAAUCAGUCGAAGGUUUAAAACCUGAACAUUGGCUUGCUCUCAUUAAUAUGAGUCGCAUUCAACAACAGUAGAAUUACGAGUUUUUUUUUCUGUAGUUUUAAUUUCAGGAUUUUGUUUUUGAUAAUUAG